UCAUGGUUUAUUCCCCUAUAAAUACAGAAAUACAAUAUAUUACAGCUUUAGAAAUAUUACAGAUAAAUCCAUCAUUUAAUUCCUAUCCUAUCAGUGUUAUACAGGGGGCAGUGGGGCAGCCAUGACUUGUACAGUCCCAGAUGACGGACAUUGUGAUGUCAUCAUUACCCAACAAGGACCAACGUUCUAUAGUUGACGCUUUAUUCUCUGGACAUUCAGUGCGGUUUACCUUUCAUAGGAGAAACAGCGAUUUUGUGGGAGAGAGAGAUAUAUUGUUAUUUCUACAAAUCUUUGUAGAAUUUGGGUUGGGUAGAGGGGUUUGGGGGAAAAUGAGGGGAAAACGGAAGGCCUCCAAGGAUUUGGGAGCAGAGGAGGAUGUGGAACAGCAGACACCAGCGAUCAAGCUGAGAAAGAUAGAAGAAUCCAACCUGGGGGAGACUUCUAGGACCAAGACUUCUCAAGAUGAGGACAAGUUGUCCCCAAAAGAGAAGCUAAAAGACUUCACAUUCCACCGAGAGCUCGGGAGCGGAAACUAUGGGAAGGUGCUGCUCGCAUCACACGCUGCGCAUAAGGCAAAGGUGGCAGUAAAAAUCGCCUCAAAAAAACAAAUUAUUGAGGAGGAGCCAGAAAGCGCCACCCUGGAGAGAAGGGUACUGGAGAUGGUGGAGGCCAGUCCAUUCUUCACCCACCUGCACCAAAGCUUCCAGACCAAGGAGCUCUUAUAUUACAUCUUAGAGUAUAUUGGAGGAGGCAGCCUAAAGGACAAACUGGAGUCUACAGGGAAAUGUGAUGAGGAGACAGUGAAAUUCUAUGCGGCUGAGCUGAUCAGUGGAAUAUCAUAUCUCCAUUCCAAGCGAGUAAUACACCGAGAUUUAAAACCUGACAAUAUCCUAAUUAGUAAUAAUGGACAUCUUAAAAUCGCAGACUUUGGUCUUUCCACCAUCUUAGAGAGCGAUUCCAACACUACGCAAGGAUAUGCAGGAACACUGGAGUACAUGGCCCCUGAGAUGGUUUCCAAUAAGAAGUAUAGCUUCGGUGUGGACUGGUGGUCCUGUGGAGUGAUCCUGUACGAGCUCGCGACCGGAAUGUUACCGCUCCAAGCAAAGACACCAGCGGCAUUAAAGAGAAAGAUCCUUAAGAGUCAUCUAUCGUUCCCGGGGGACAUGAAUCCUGAACUGAAGGAUCUGAUUCAGCAACUGUUAAAGAGAGAUCCCAAUAGACGGCUGAAUGAAAACAACAUCCGCCAUCAUGGAUUGUUCCGGGAUAUAAACUGGACAGAAGUAGAAGCCUGUCGUCUCCAUCCACCAAACCAUCCAUGCCAGAUGUCAUUAGAAGAGGAGGCUACUAGUAAUGAAAUCCUACUACCAGAGGAGACCAACCUGCCAGGAAUAUCCUCAAAUGAACAAAAAUUCUUUACAGGAUUCUCAUAUACAAGCGCAGCAUGGAAAACCUGAUCCAAUGAACAGUAACACAAACCAAGCCAUUCCACCUGUGUUAUAAAAUAAAAAAUCCUUCUAAUGAUUAGGAAUG